AGUCCCUUAACAGGCAAUAGUAUUCUAAGGUCGGAACUCUUAGGCGGUCAUAGGUUUCCGAGGGACCUAAUUUUCUGGGACACAUGGACGAUCUGUAGGAAGCAACGUGAGUCGAAUAACUUCAGUUACCAUGGAAACAUCAUUAAAGCGUCUGUAUGUGGGUGGAAUUGGUCCAUCAGUCACUGAUGCUGAACUCACAGAGAGAUUUGGAAGAUUUGGAAAAGUCAGUGAUGUGGACAUCAUUUCCAGGAAGGAUGAGCAUGGAAAUCCUGUGAAGACCUUUGCUUAUCUUAACAUCAGCAUUUCUGAAGCAGACCUGAAAAAAUGUGUUUCUGUCCUAAAUAAAACAAAAUGGAAGGGAGGGGUUCUACAGAUAGAGAUGGCCAAGGAAAGCUUCUUACACAGACUGUCACAGGAGAGGCAAAUAGCCAAGGAAAAGAAAACACCCGAAGCAGAGUCGAAGUGUGACCUGAUGCAGUCCCUAAAGGAUGUUGGUGUUAAUGACUUCCAGCUUAAGGCUGCUGUACCGGGCACCGAGGUGCCAAAUCAUAAGAAUUGGGUGGUCAGUAAAUUUGGCCGGGUUCUACCAGUCCUUCAUUUAAAGAACAAGAAGCAUAACAAAAUCAUAAAAUAUGACCCAUCGAAGUACUGCCACAACAUUAAGAAAGUAGAGGAAAGUUCCGUUAACGUGACGCCUAUAUCACAAUUGACCUGGCAUUUGGACGGGGGUGAUGAUGACAUGAGCAGGAAACGCAGGGGAGAGUUUCCAGUUUCCAAAGGCCCUACAGGGAAAAAGCUCAAAUUGCAGGAGCAUCCAGACGUUCUGGAACAAGCUGACAAGCAGGGCUGCAACCAUAAGAAUACAUCUGGUCUAAAGACAUUUUCUAAGAACAAGAAAGACGUAAAUGGAGGAUUAGGGAUUAGUGUGUCCGAUGAACAUGAUUCAGAGGAUGAAUUCCGAGCUGUAUUGGAAAGUGAAAAGACUGCAGCGAAGGUAGGCAUUGUUGCCGAGGAUUCUAAUAUAGAGGUGGUGGACGACUCUUAUAUGAUGAGUUAUAACAGUCAUUGGGCAAGGGGAAGUGAGAAUAUUGUGAAGAGAAGUACAAAAGAGGAUGAUGAAUAUGAUUCUGCUGACACAGAUGAGAUAAUUGCCGUUGCCAAAACUGUUCCAAAGGUUAAAGAUGCUAUUUUAUCAAAAAAUAAGGAAAAUAGGUUGCCUCUUCAUACCGCCAAACAGAAAGGUAACCUAAGGUCUAAAGGUAUGCGCAAUGACAAAGAGGAACCCGAACAUACAACUGAAGAUGAAGCCGAUUUGGAGAGCGAGAAUGGUGAUUCUGAAUCCGACGACUCUUAUUCAGACCCGGAAUAUGACGCCAUGAUGCAAAACUGCUACAGGAUAAGCCUUUCACUGGGUGACUUGGAGAAAUUAGCCAAUGCUUCUAAAGAGUCUUCAGAAGAUGAAAAAACAGACGGUGACCACAUUGAGGAAGAUCUUCCUAAUAAAUCGGAGAAGCCUGUUCCUAUUCAGAAAGGGAAGAGGGGUAUAGAGCCAGAUGAUAUUGUGGCCUCAAUUUUAGAUGAUAGUGAUGACAGCUCUGAUGAAAAACAAAGACGGAAAAGAAAAAAGGGUCCUCCUACUAUACUUCCAGCAUUUAAAGGCUUGGGGUCACUUCUGUCCUCAGCUCCGUCCCAGGAGACAAAUGAAGUGUUGAAUUCAUUUUCUGGUCCCUCCGUUAUCAAGUCUUGUGCGAAUAUUGAAGCAAAGGGUGUACGCAGUAAAGCGUGUAGAGGGAGUGAAGCUGGUGCAACUAUCCCUGCAAAAGAAGUGGAGCCAGAAGCACGCUCUGGAAAGAAUGGUGGUUCAAGAGAUGGUCAUCAGGGUGGACAACAAGCCUCUAGCCUGUCCAAAGUUAAAAGAAAUAACGAUACUGUAAUUAAUGAGAACAGUAGUAGUAGUGAUUCAUAUAGCAGUGAUGAGGGCUCAACCUCUGAUACAUCCUCAGCAGCUGUUAAUACCAUCCAAGGCACAAGUGAGAAGAAAGACCGCGGAAUCGCCAAACAGUUGGAGGAUAAUCAGAAACGUCUGGCAGCCAUGGAGGAGCGGAGGAAAGAACGAGAACUACAGAAGCAAACCAUCCAGGGAGCCUUGCUUAAAUUGGAUUCCCAGCCCUCAAGUAAAAGUCAACACAUUAAGUUUGAUUCAGACUCUGAGGAACAAAGUGAAGAAGAGCUACAAACAAUGAAAAACGAUAUAAAGACCAUAUCGUCUGAAAAAGUUCAGAAUCCAGCUGCAAAGCUGUUUGAGAGCAGCGAUGACGAGGAGGACGAUGACGGUAAAGAGGACAGUGAAAGAUUCCAAAUCAAAUCUCAGUUUGAAGGGCGCUCUGGAGUGAAGCUGAUGAAUUUACAGUCCCGCUUUGGAACUGAUGAGCGUUUCCAAAUGGAUUCUCGGUUUCUGGAUACCAGUAGUGAAGAUGAGACCGACGAAACAAAACAAAACGCUCCAGCAGAAGAAGGUGAAGACGACCUAACGGCAGAGAAAAAGAAGAACUUGGGUAUCCUAAGCAGCCUUUUGAACAUCGGUUCAGAGCCAUUGCCACCGAGCAAACAAGCAGCCAAAGCCAAGACAUUUAAAGAUCUGAAUGCCCUUCAGUAUGACCCCACGAGGGAGGAUCACGCAACAUUUGAAACACAGACCGAAGAGGAAAAGAAGGAAACUAAAUCUGAGCGGAAGAAAAAACGCCUGGAAGCGGAGAAACUUCCCGAGGUCUCUGCUGAAAUAUACCACGAAGUGGCUGUGGACCUGAAAGAAGUGUUUGGAACCUCAAAACCCACUACAGAGAACGAAGCCGCUUCAACGACAUGGGACCAAGAGGAGGAACCGGUGCUCGCAGGGAACGACAAUUCACUUUCCCACGAAUAUUUCAGCUUCCAGAAAACCGAGGAGCCUGCGGGAUUCACGUUUUCUUUCUUUGGACCGAGUACGGAGGACAGCGUUUCCAAGGAAGAGACCUAUAAAAUUGAGACCAUCAAACCAGCCAAGGUGGCCUGGCAAGAAGAUCCCCGAUUUCAGGAUAGUAGCUCUGAGGGAGAGGAUGAAGAAGUCACUGUUACUAAGGAAUCAACACUAAGCACACAGUCCGAAUCUGCAAAAAACAUCAGUUUCUUCUUUUUUGUGAAAGGUGAUGAGCGAUUAAAAGCGGGUCCAAAAAUGUUCUGUCGAUCAUCAAACCUGGAUGAAGAACAAGAAGCAUGGGAAGAAAGGCGAGAAUCUCUGCUGGAGGAGUGCAGGAAAAGGCACAAAGAUGCCAAACGGAAAAUAAAAUCCAAACAUUGAUGAUCCCGUGAUGCUCGUGCCAAGUGAUUGUGUCUCCCGGCUCCCCAUCGCACGUGUACAGGACCAUUCAGACAGUAACAUACAAACCUCCUGUGUGACCUUUGAAUUUACAGCUAUAUAUCUCUAUGAAAAAGAGGAUGGAGCCCGUGGGCCAACUAGCUGCUUCCCAUGGAAGUAACAUUUUAUGCUCCAGGUGAUUGUAGCUGUUACCAGGGAUAUCUUUAUAUUAACAAUCACAAUCCCGUUUAUUUAAAGAAAAAUAAAGAAAACAUGUAUCCUGUGCUGUCUUAAGAGUCUGUUUCAUCUUAAUGGAUUAUGAAUUGUUUUUAACAUUAAAGAUUGUUUUGGAAUCAUC